AUGAUACCUUUUGCAGGGGAAUGCUACCAAUUUUCGACCUCAGCUGCAACCCACAGAGAAGCUGCUCAGGCCUGCAGUACCAAGAACAGCCACCUGGCGGAUAAGAAAGACUCACAGCAGCAGCAGUUCCUGGCCAGCACCAUCGCCUUCACCACUGGCGUGUCCAACUGGCUGGCCAUGAAAACCGCGCCGAUUCCCAUGUUCUACAGCGAUGGGACUCCUGUUAUGGGUCCCCUCCAGUGGUUGACCGGCGAACCUUCGACCCCGUUGGACCUGUGUGUUCUCCUGGACAGCUCUAACAGCUACAAAGCAAAGGCAACUUUCUGCACGGAGCAGCACAACUACAUCUGCCAGGAUGCCUUGAAACCCUGUGAUCCAAACGUGUGCCAGAACGGCGGAAACUGCACCUCCUGUUUCGGCGGCUCCACCACCUUCUGUGACUGUCUGAAGGGGUUCGGAGGAAAGCUGUGUGAAAUUGACAUUGACGAGUGCGCCUCGUGCCCGUGCCAAAAUGGCGGGAGUUGCCAUGACGACAUCAACUCCUACACCUACCUGGAUUGGUGCUCCCAAGUCACGUGUCCAUUUGGGUUUGUCUGCCAGGACUUCACGUUCUACUUCCAAUGCGUUCACCCGUCUUCAAUUACCCGGGGACUGCCGUACCAGUGCAGCAGCGCCUCCUGUCCGGAUGGCUUGAACUGCACCCCUGAGGGUGUGGCAGCCUUCUCAUGUAGGCCUGAGUGA